AUGCAUCAACAAAAAUUAACCAGAUGGACGUUAAUGAUGCUGUUAUUUUCCUUGAUAAAAUGUCAAAGUGAUGAUCAGCCAGCACCAGCAAACAGAAAAAUAUUUGAAGGGUUGGACGUGGGUAUUGCUAUAGUUGACGAAAAUGACGAUUUCAAUGCAUCAUUUAAACCUCACCGUCCAAAUCACAAUUUUCAGAUAAUUCCCAAUGACCAGGUUGAAGCAAUCACUCAGCAAAAUGUUCACGUGCCUAAACGUUUCAGUUUAUCAAGUUGGACUGGUCCAAUGAUCGUUGAAGAACCACUUUGUUGCUCUGGAGAUGUUCAAUGCGCCAUGGAGCACUGCAUACCAGGUGGCGUGCCAGACAGGAUGAACACUCAAACGAACAAUUACAAGUCAAAGAGCAGUUUGAUCAAUUUGUGUUCGAAGGAUUCUACAUUGCUGUCAAGUGAAGAAGUUGAAACAGUAUCCGCUCGUACGUGGUCACAGCACUGGCAGGAACAAGUCUGCAUACUAACCUCGACCUUUUAUUUUGGUUUUUUUAUUGACAUUGUAUAUUUAUUUGGUAAAAUGGAGAAAGAUAUGAGGGAACGUAGAGAAGCUGACAUACAGUUGAGGAGUCAGAAUAAUAAUGCUCAGCAAGGAGACCAUACUGCUAGUAUAAUCCGUAGAAUCAGUCCAAUGUUAGGAAUGUGUCCUAUGAUUCCCCGUGAAAUUGCAGCAUAUUUUCAGAGGAUCGAAGGAAUAUUUGACAGCCAUCGAAAUGAAGGAAUUGUUGCCAAAAAACAUGUAUUAGCUCAGGAAGGUGAGGAAUGGUUAACCCACGAACGUCUGGCCAAUGUUGUGGAGAUAUAUGAAGCUAACAUGAACAUGAGACUGUCUAGUAAUGUAGCCUCAGGCUAUAAACCACUUCAAACGGCUGUACGUCUCGGAACAGAUCCCAAAUGGCUCAACAAAGAGGUUGUAAAAGAAUCAAUAUCAAAGGUAGGUUGUUAUCACUGUGGUAGUCGGGGACAUCUUGCUAAAUUUUGUACCCAGAAAACAAAUCAUAACCCCAUCAAGAAGCUCAUAAAAUGCCAGGUCAUUGCUAUGUCUCGGGCCACAAAGGAGUUGAAGAAACCAGGUAUUACUCCUGGGACCAUACAGGCUGAAAAAUACUUCAAAAGACCAUUUGUUCAGGUUAAAAUUCAAGCUGGUCUGACCUGUGCAGCAUUGGUAGAUAGUGGAGCAGAAGUAUGUGGAAUUUCUCAAAACUUAUGUCACAAGUUAAACAUACCCAGAGGGGAACGUUUGAGGAUUAAGGGAUGUACGAGUAUGGUGGUGGAAUUGUUGAAGAUGACAGAACAGUAUCUGGUACCUGCCGUGAAACUCGAGAUGACCAAGAAUAUCACACCAAUCAAGUUGGGGAAUGAGAGCAUUGUUAGAUCUGAUAGGCGUGAUGAUGUUGAUGCAGCCAAACGUCGUGUCAGUGAAAAUGAUGAUAAGGGUAAUGAUGAAAGCAUUGUUAGAUCACAUGAGGUUAACAAAGCUGGUACCCAUACAGUUCACAACAAUAAUAGUAAUAACAAUAAAAGAAAUGUUGGACGAUAUGAGGUAGCUCACAACAGCAGCAAUUGGGAAAAGUUUCAUUUGUUGGUUGUGCAAUAUUGGUACAGAAGACGGCUGGAACCGAAGAAGUCAACCCCACAUAACACCAGUGUUCGAAGGAUUCUACAUUGUUGUCAAGUGAAGAAGUUGAAACAGUAUCCGCUCGUACGUGAUCACAGCACUGGCAGGAACAUGUCUGCAUACUAA